AUGGGAAAACAGGAAGAUUCACAAAGUUCUGAGUGUAUAAUCAUCGUACCAAGACUAGACCCAAGUCCAAUCACUCUUGAGGAUGCGGUCUCCAUCAGCCCCACAGUCGAAUUCAUUGGGGCAACGUCGACCGAGACGCCUUUAGUCGUGACUGGCGGACCAAUUUCUAUCGUGCCCUCAACCCCAAUGCAUCUGGGAGUAAUAGGCAGGUCAGCAAAUACGGCCACAGUCGAAGUCAUUUCCCAUCCCAGUACGGAGGAGAUGAUUACCGUUCUUAAGCAAACCGAUUUGGGCCACUCGAUCUUGCCACAAGAAGCACAUGACAGUCACAUGCUCACAAAGUUAACCAGUACCUUACCUGGAACACUGACUACUGAAUAUACACUGGCUAGCUUGAGAAAUAUGGCUAAAUUUUCCGACAAAAAACAAGCUAUUUUGGCCAAAGAGUCCAUGGAAAAUCUAAUUGAUUCCAGCCCUUGUGUCGUCGAGGAAGUGGCUCUUCCAUCGAUUCUCCCAGGCCAGCAGUCACUGAGGCCAGAGAUCAGCAGAACUAUUCGUACUUUUCAGUUCGAUCAGUCAGUGAUUCAUCGUGACCAAAUGUUAACCAAAGAGAUGGCUCGUCUAAGAAGCGAAAAACAAGCCUAUUAUGAACGUUUUAAGGACUUUUUCCUCCCUAUCGUGGCUGAAGGACAUAAAUUGUCACUAUCAGCAGAGGACUCAUUGGCGUUGUCCUCCAGAGUGUCGCAAAGUCUCGGAGCGCGUCAGAACCAAACGGAAGCAUCAAGCGAUCACUCUGCCACAAUAGAAACUCAGCUCCACAGAUGGAGCUCCGACUUUACCCGAAUCUCCAGCACCUCGUCAAGGUCAUCAGGUUAUACAGAAAUUGAGCAGACCUGUACUGUCCAUCAAUUGGACAGUCUGGUCUGUAUCAUGGUUGCUCUGGAGAUAGUCUCUCCGCACUCGAACUACGAGCUGGAGCUGAUUGAACGGCGUCUCGAAAUGAUCGAACGUCAACUCGACAGCACCAGAGCUUGUGCUUCAUAUGCGCGUCGACUGCGUCGUCUAAUGACCAACCGGGAGAAGGAACUUGCCAUUCUGUGUGGCAGAAAGGUUUCCGAUGCCACAGACGUGGGGCCUUUCGCCUCUAAAGGCUCAUUUUUUGCCAACGACGAUGAUGCUGUUCUGUUGACAGCGUUCGUCUCUCUUAUACUCUCGCUGGUCGCUCUUCAUGCUACCGGCUCGCCAGGACUGACGGAUGUGUUGGUUCGACUUCGUAAAAUCAUCCUAGAAUUGGCAGCUGGGUACUGGGAGUACGAGUGGCCUGCCGUAAGUGUGGAUCGAGACAAGUUGCUGGGUACCAAAAUGCUGCAGAUUAGGCCCCCUCUAAUUAGCCUGAGACGGAAAGAGGCUGGUCUGCAUUUCAUACAGUUGAGAAGGCAACCAGAAUCAAGAGGACUGGGCGCUUUUCCUGAUUUAGUGACAAGUUCCGGACAUUUUAGCAGGAAAACCGGCUUACUUGAGAGGCAAACAGAAACUAUGGAGAAAGGCACUACCAAUACAGUCCCUGACGCCGAGGCCUUGACUAGUCUUCCGGUUGUUCAACGGAAAUUCAUGCAAAGCGGACAGAUAGAGACUUUGGUGAAGGAGAAUCUCCCAAAAGUUGAGGGUCUCAUUCCACAAAAUGCAGGUGUAGGGAAGGAAAGCAAUAGGGACAGGAGUAUGCCAUCAACAAAAUCGUCAUUAAUUUCAUGGGACUCUGGACAUACUACUUGUAAACUACAUGGUGAGCAGAUACAAUUAAACACUUGCCUACGGGAAAGACGAUAUGAAUCGACUGAAGCGACCGGAUGGAUAGAAUCUGAUGAAAAGCAUGGUGGCGAAAGCAAAGACGCCAAAUUAGAGGCGACCCAACAGAAGGAUGGGAAGCAUGCUAUGAGCACAUCAAGAGGGCAGGUCAGUAUUUCACACCUUUUAAGAGAGUUAUAG